AUGUCAAACAGUUAUGCCAAAGAAGGGCUACUAGAUGGAUUCAAGAACUCGCCUGAUAUUGAAUUCGAAUUGUCUAGCUUCGGAAAUGAUCUACCAGCCGAUCUUAAUUCUUCACAGAAGAGAGCUGAAUCAAAUGAAAACCUCGAAUCAGAGGAGGAAGAGCACCAUCAAAUUGUAGAUAGCCUGCUGCAAGAACAUAAUCAGAAGUCUAAUAUUUACAUGGCCUUUAUGAACAUGGCAAAUAGCAUUUUAGGAGCUGGAAUCAUAGGACAGCCGUUUGCCAUCAAAAAUUGUGGGCUACUUGGCGGUGUGUUUGCGACUAUUCUUCUUUCAUUUCUGGUGGAUUGGACAAUCAGAUUGAUUGUCGUCAAUUUAAAGCUGACGGGCAAAACUACCUAUCAAGAUACGGUGGAGUUUGCCUUGGGUAGAAGGGGAAAGAUACUCAUUCUUCUAGCAAAUGGAUUAUUUGCAUUCGGAGGUUGCAUUGGAUUUUGUAUUAUAAUUGGUGACACUAUACCCCAUGUUUUAAGGGCAUUUUUCCCUAGCCAUGAGAGCAUGUUUCACAGAAAUAUAAUCAUCAGUUUUGUUACUGUUUUUAUUUCUCUACCGCUCUCGUUGAAUAGAGAUAUUUCUAAGCUUUCAAAAGCAUCAAUGCUCGCUCUGAUAAGCAUGCUCCUCAUUGUUUUUAUCGUCGUCAUAAAAGGUCCAAUGGUGGAUUCAUCUUACAAAGGCGAUCUUAAAAAAAAUGAAAUUGUCUUUACUCCUAGAAUAUUUCAGGGAAUAUCAGUGAUUUCGUUUGCAUUGGUCUGUCAUCAUAAUACAAGUUUCAUUUAUUUUUCUUUGAAGAACCCAAGUCUCAAAAGAUUCGAUAAACUAACGCACUUAAGCUGUUUUGUGUCUAUGAUAACUUGCUUUCUUAUGGGCUAUUCAGGGUUUCUUUCCUUCAAAGAUAGGACAAAGGGAAAUAUACUCAACAACUUUCCGACUGAUGAUAAUCUAAUAAAUGUUGCAAGGUUUUGCUUUGGUUUUAACAUGUUAACAACGUUUCCGUUGGAGAUCUUCGUUCUCAGAGAUGUUAUAAGGGAUUUGAUCUACUUCAAAGCUAACAAUAAUGGAAGUCCUAUUGUGCUGUCUAUGAAGAUGCACAUCGCAAUUACUACUGUUUUGGUUUUCAUUACUAUGUCAAUAUCCCUGACAACAUGCAAUCUUGGUGCCCUCCUCGAACUGAUUGGUGCUACGACUGCAUCUUUGAUGGCUUACAUUCUCCCCCCGGUGACAAACCUAGUCUUGACAGGCCGAAGCAAAAGCUUGAUGCAAAAGCUUCCACACUGCAUCUGUAUUGUGUUUGGCUUUUUGAUCAUGUUUAUUAGUAGCACUCAAACCAUAUUGGGAGCCAUUCAUGGCGGAAGCCAAAAACACUGUGAAAUUUGA